GGCGGGGCCGGUAGCGGCGGGAGCUGCACUGGCCAGGGGUUUCGGCUGUAUAUCCAUAAGCGCCGCCGGCAGCCGCGGAGCUUCAGGGUCCGGACUGGAGGCGAGCUGAGCACCUGUAGUCAGUCACACGCAGGGUCUCACUCUGUGGCCCAGGCUGGAGUGCAGUGGUGCAAUCACAGCUCGCUGAAGCCUCAACUUCCUGGGCUCAAACAACCCUCCUGCCUCAGCCUCCCCACUAGCUGGGACUACAGGUUAGUUUGAAUAAGAGAUCUGACUGACCAGCCCAACUAUACAACUCUUCAAGGAAAAUUGUAUUUGCAGUGAGAAGAAUAAGUAACAUUGGUCAAGAUGAAUGCCAUGCUGGAGACCCCCGAGCUCCCAGCCGUGUUUGAUGGGGUGAAGCUAGCGGCAGUGGCUGCUGUGCUGUACGUGAUCGUCCGGUGCUUGAACCUGAAGAGUCCAACAGCCCCGCCUGACCUCUACUUCCAGGACUCGGGGCUCUCACGCUUUCUGCUCAAGUCCUGCCCUCUUCUGACCAAAGAAUACAUUCCACCGUUGAUCUGGGGGAAAAGUGGACACAUCCAGACAGCCUUGUAUGGGAAGAUGGGAAGGGUGAGGUCGCCACAUCCUUACGGGCACCGGAAGUUCAUCACCAUGUCUGAUGGAGCCACUUCUACAUUCGACCUCUUCGAGCCCUUGGCUGAGCACUGUGUUGGAGAUGAUAUCACCAUGGUCAUCUGCCCUGGAAUUGCCAAUCACAGCGAGAAGCAAUACAUCCGCACUUUUGUUGACUAUGCCCAGAAAAAUGGCUAUCGGUGUGCCGUGCUGAAUCACCUGGGUGCCCUGCCCAACAUUGAACUGACCUCACCACGCAUGUUCACCUAUGGCUGCACCUGGGAAUUUGGAGCCAUGGUAAACUACAUCAAGAAGACAUAUCCCCUGACCCAGCUGGUCGUCGUGGGCUUCAGCCUGGGUGGUAACAUCGUGUGCAAAUACUUGGGGGAGACUCAGGCAAACCAAGAGAAGGUCCUGUGCUGCGUCAGCGUGUGUCAGGGGUACAGCGCACUGAGGGCCCAGGAAACCUUCAUGCAGUGGGAUCAGUGCCGGCGCUUCUACAACUUCCUCAUGGCCGACAACAUGAAGAAGAUCAUCCUCUCGCACAGGCAAGCUCUUUUUGGAGACCAUGUUAAGAAACCCCAGAGCCUGGAGGACACGGACUUGAGCCGGCUCUACACAGCAACAUCCCUGAUGCAGAUUGACGACAAUGUGAUGAGGAAGUUUCAUGGCUAUAACUCCCUGAAGGAAUACUAUGAGGAAGAAAGCUGCAUGCGGUAUCUGCACAGGAUUUAUGUGCCUCUCAUGCUGGUUAAUGCAGCUGAUGAUCCCUUGGUGCAUGAUAGUCUUCUAACAAUUCCAAAAUCUCUUUCAGAGAAACGGGAGAACGUCAUGUUUGUGCUGCCUCUGCACGGGGGCCACCUGGGCUUCUUUGAGGGCUCUGUGCUGUUCCCUGAGCCCCUGACGUGGAUGGAUAAGCUGGUGGUGGAGUAUGCCAACGCCAUUUGCCAAUGGGAGCGUAACAAGUCGCAGUGCUCUGACACGGAGCAGGUGGAGGCCGACCUGGAGUGAGGCCUCUGGACUCUGGCACACUCCAGCAGCCCUCCUCCGGAAGCUGCAUCCCCUCGCCCCGUUUCAGGUCUCCCAUCUCCCUGAGUGACCUGGAUCUGACCUCACACCAUCAGCAGGGGGCACCCACCAUGCACACCUGCCUCUGAGUAGGCAGCUCUUCCUGGGAGCUCCAGGCUAUUUUUGUGCUUAGUUACUGGUUUUCUCCAUUGCAUUGUUAGCCAUGGUGACAAGCGACAGAGUUCUUGCCCUCUGUCCAGUUUCAGCACCAGGUUGCUUUUAAGCCAAGUACAUCUAGUUUCCCUACUUAAAAAUGUGUCUGAAUAGCAAUUUCGCUUUGCCAUCAAAAGGCUUUUUUCUGAGAACAGUGAAGGAUAUAUGUCAUUUUGUGAUGGUUUUAUGUGUCCUUACAUAGACCUUAAAAAGAGCGCACCCUUCCAGGCCAAUGCUGAAGACACAGUUCAGCUUGGAAGCCUGAGAAGCUGGGCUUCCCAGGCCAGAGUGUGGCUUCUUAAAUGGCAAAGGAAAUUCCUUUGAGUCACAGGCCAAGUUUUUACCCUGUCUUGUAAGACCAUUUCCCUACACUUUGCUGCUGCUGCUGCUGAGAGUUAUGUGGGGCACUUGUUAAAAAUUCAGCCUCCCAGGUCCCUCCCCUCAGAGAGGCUGAUUCAUUGGGUCUAGGAAGGAGCCUGGGGAUUUUAAUUUUUGACAGCUGCCCCAGGUGAUUCUCAUCACCAGGCAAACUUUGAAAAUGGUGUUCAACAGCACCCUUAAAUUGGAAACAUCUUCAUAGCUCAUUUUAUUGAAAUUUGUAAUCCCACGGCCUCCAGAGCAGCAAGGCCGGCCAUGGAACUGCCAUGGUGUGACCACAGUGUGAUGUCUCAGAAGGGCUCUGGGUGGCUGAGCAUCUGGGCUGUGCCCUGGCUCUGCUUUUCACCCUGGACAAAGUCCCUGUGGACUUUGAUUUCUUUGCCUCUAAAAUGGGGGACUUGGACCAGGUAGAUUGCUGAGCGCACUACUAGGUCCAAAGUUCAAUGACAAACUCAGUUUACUGAGAUUUGAGAGAAUGUCCCUUCAGAGGAACCUGGGAGCUACUCUCCCAGUCUAAGCAUGUAGAUAACAUCAUUUACCCUUUUUUUUUUUUGUCCCUUAUUUGAUAAAAAGAUGUUUUGAGGUUUUUUUUGUUUUUUUUUUAAGAACUCAAUUGUCAUUUUAGUUUUUAAACCCACGUCCCUUUAAUUUUGGCUUUUGAUACCAACCAAUUCAAAAGCUGGAUCUGAGUUUGGAGAAAGAUAUCUCCAACCUAAGAGGGUGUUAUUUUGAAACCAGCCUAUAUUUGCAGUCUGUUGGAUAGAUCUUUCCAAAGUGUGUCUUCUCAAGUGAAAAUGCAGCUCUAGGCUUCAAGUACACCUUUUCUCUGAUCCUGUGGUACUUGAAUAUCUAAAAACCCUGCACUUUGAAAAAUCAUUAGUUGCUAUCUGGAACUAAACAGAACUAUGAGUAAAAUUGCGUGGAUACUUUAAAAAGAGAUUUUCCCUCCUUCAUCUCCUUUGAGUCCAGGACAGACUGGAAUAUAAAUAGUGGGUCUGCAGGGAUGUUUCAGGGAUCAAGGAAGCCACCUGGGCACCUGAAUGUCAACCCUCUGGGCCACAGGUGGGUGUGGCUUGGGCAUGGGUCCAAGUGACUGUGACUGUGGUGUCUGUAACCUGAAGAAGGUGUUUUCUCUGACAAUCACCAGAUCAUCCAAGUAACAUCCAAACCAGCCCUUAUCUCAGAAGAUUGAAUUUCUGUGGUCUCAACUUUGCUCUGGUGUAAUUCCUGACACUCCUUAAUUUCUAUCAUUAUGACCUCCCCCCCAGUGUAUUAUUUUUCUGAUACAUUUCCUUUUUGUGUUCUUUUAGCACAGAUGGGCACUUUACCCCUCAGUUUGGAAGCUAGUCCCUCUCCUCUGUUACUUUUCCCUUCACCCAACCACAGCUGUGAUCUAGAAGAUUUCAUAGUCAUCUUCCCUGCUACUACUGCCUUCAUUUCUCACGACUUUUUAUGAGAAUAGGUCAACCAAGCAAUAACUUUCUGGGAUUGAAUCACCACCCCAGAAGAGCGAGAGGCUCCUUUCAUAUGCCUGAGGCCACACCCCUUAGCCUAUAGGACAAAACAGGGGCUGGCCCAGGUGUCAGCUCCAUUCAGAAAUUUGGGAGGAGAAAAGACAGCCCUGUUGUCACACAAACCGGUUGGGGUCUGGUCUGCACGGCGGCCCUGGUGGCCCCCGUGGAGGACAGGCAGGGCUGGCAGCAUAGCCUUUGUUGCCACACAGCCGGAUUUUGCUCCCCGACAACUGUGGGAGCCAGUGUCCCAGCUGAAAUCUUUUUAGUGUGUGACUCCGAAUGGCACUCACAUUCCAUUUUGGCUCAUAUGAAAUCAACUGAAGCCCUUUGUUCAAGCUCCAGGCUCUCAGGCAUGGAAAUGAGAAUGUGACUGUGGCUGUCUUACAAGAAAAUUCUUGUUUGUCCCUGAAUGAGAGCACAGAGCCAUUGAAUUUACAGAGAUGCAAACUUGGCUGAUAAAUGAGGGAGCGGCAGUUUACAGAUAGGUCAUCUUUUUUCCUUCCUCCAGGUGUCCUUGCCUUUCUUCCCAAAAUCAUUCAUUUCUGAUGAUUAUAUGAUUGCCCCUCUUGCCACUAAGGUUCUAUCUGGGCUAAAACAAGGCUGAAUUUGUAAAGAGUGUUUGAGUAUUGUAUUUGAAAAUCAAAUUGAGGCUAUAAAUUGCAUCCAUCUGGAGAAUUCCAUUGCAGGAAUAAUGUGUUCAAAACCAAUGAAGAGAAGUACCCACAUCUCUCCUGUGGUACUCUGUGUCUCCUCAGCAGUUUGAAGACACUGAUUCCAGUCAAGUUAGGAUUAAGUGACUCAAAAAAAUGGUGUCAGGUUUCUUUACUGUAUUUAUGUUAGAAGUGAGCUUAACAGGCUUGAAGAAAAUGGUUAUCUUUUCCUGCUGUGAGUUUACACAAAUGAUUCCAGAGCAGAAUGGAAGCAGAAAGAAAGCUGUUUGUUACAGUAUUUUAACCUCUCUGCAGUGCUUUACACUUACUGGGAACCUUAUGAGUCACCGUAAGAGUGGAAAUAUACCUAGAUUCUUUUCCUAACUGUCUCUAAUUCACUGUGGAUCGUGGGCAAAUCCCUUCACUUCUCUGAGCCUGUUCCCUCCUCUUGGACCAUGUCUAAGACCACUUCAUCUAUCUACACGUCGUUUGCUUGAACGUUGCUGAACAUCUGCGUGAGCUUGGCUUUUGCAGCCCUUGCAGGUGGAAACGACUGUGUCAGGGCUCACGGCUGACGCUGAGGGGACUUGGAAGGAGGGGGCUUCUGUAUUCUGGUGAAGACCCUUGAUCUUGUCCAAAACCCUGUGUCUUUGACUGGCUUCUCUUUAGAGUCCCCAUUGUCAUAAGAUCCUUGCUGUUCUGAGGGUGGUCUUGUGACUGUAGCAGGUGCUGGCCCCUGGAAUGAGGAGCCUGUCUCCAUCCUCCAGUGUGACUCAGGCAGAGCAUUGAGCAUUCCCAGGGCAGAAAUCCUUCCUGCUCAGGCUUUCAUUCUAAAACCACAGUCUUCAUUAAAGCUGAACUUUCUGGGUAGCUGAGCUUAUAUGCCCGGCAUCUGAAUGAGAGCUCUCUUUGUGACUGUGUGACUUGAGAUCUGUUUUGCCAGCUCCAGGGAAACAAUACAUGUGUUCUUGUUUUUGUUUGCUAGGCAAGCAGAUGUCUGAGAUGUAAGAGGCUUUUCUUUGCCUGUGGCAUUGAUUCUGACUUAGAGCUGAAGUAAAGAUCAGUGAAACAUCACGUCAAGUUGAAGUCACUCACAGGUCUUUGUCCUUCAGGCAGGACAGGAGAGUCAUGAGGAAGCAUUUCACUGCAGCAUUCUGUCACAGUAUCAUCUGGAAUUGUUUCCUUUGCCCAGAAAACCUUAACUUCCCUCUAGAGAAUCCCUGGUAUUACAAUAUUGUGGCAUUCAAAUUCAAAUUCUUCUGUUGUGGAAAUUUGAAGCAAAGCCACAGCAAAACCAGAGAAUUUCGUUAAGUAGCCUGUGGGCUCCUUGUUAUCUUAUGCCCCCCACCCCCUCCCUCAACAAUAUGAGUGAUCCAGAACUGACCCAAACACCUCAGCUCUGGCCCCUUUUCACCCUUGUUGGCCUUACUCUGUAGUUCAAAGCCACUUUGGAUUACUUGGAUGCUUCAAAAAGCCAUGAAAAGUAGCCUGCCUGUGGCAUUUAGAGGCCAAGCAAUUGACAGAAAGGGGUUCUUCUACGUGUGUUAUCAUCUAAGUAGAGGGAAGUAAACCCCCUCACCUCCCCUCCACCCCCGAUUAAACUAGAAUUGCGUUUGCCAAGUUGUAGUUGAAACUAAGGAAGGGGGAACUGGCCCCUGCUGGCAGAGGGAGCUGGAAUGCCACCUAAGGCAAGCCUGCUUCCUUCCCAUCUCUGCUGCUACUGCUGCCCCCGGAUGCUGCAAGCCAGGCAGGCAUCCUCCUACAGUGGCCCUUGGAAGCAGGCUGUGGAGUAGACUGAGGUUCGUUUUUGAAAUCAGAGCCCACGUUUUCUGAACUGUUUUUCCUAGCAUGUGUGUGGGUAGAGCCUUCAUGCAUCUCUAAUAAUAAUAAACUGAAGUUAAUUUCUAACUGGUGGAUUAAGUGUAACAUUCUGAGUUCCAUGAAGUUGUCAGCUUUUAACUAGACUCCUGUCAAUUAGUAAUAAAAUCUAUAUCCUACCUUCUCUUGCUUUUCGUCCCCAUUAGCCAAGAAAUCUGUUGCCAUAAGUUGGGGACAGUCCACUGAGAGCACCUGCAGAAAUGCCCUUUGUCCCCAUGGGCAGACUCCUUCUAGAUCACCCACGCUGUGCAGUUAGGUGAGUUGCUGACCCCUGUGGUCCCAGCACCAGCCACUCUUUCUCAGGCUGUUCAUGUGGGUGGACAGAGUUCCUGGGUGUAGGAGUUAGGUUUCGUCUGGUUUUCAUUUUGGCCUCUUCAGUUUUCCUAAAGCACAAGUCCACAUAGAAUCCUGUCACCUCUCCACACCAGUUCCAGGUGAUCUGGGUCUCUCCCACUGCCUCAGGAAGACCUUCACUGUACCUGAGCUUCUGACUUCUGCCGCUGCCGCUGCCUUAGUGAUGCCAGGGCUGGGGGGAGGGGGGAGGGGAGCGAGUUUGCAACUCUCCUUUUCCUGGUUAGACUCUGUUCAACCACAUUCUUACGCUGGCAGAUCUGCUUCCAGAUUGAUUUUUGAGAACCAUCACUUUCACAUUCCUAAUUCUGAUUUUGUUUUGUUUUGUUUUGUUCUGUUUUGUUUGGGUUUUCUGAAACUUAAACUGCUGCCCUGAAAAUAGUCUCUUUUUGGGUUUGUGUUCUGAAAGCCUCUGUGCUGCUGGAUCUCUGGGGGGAAGUACAGGAUCCCUCAGCACUGAGGUGUUUAAGAUUUGCAACUAGCAAUGCAAUUUUUUCUAAAUAUGGGAAUAUUUACCUUUAUUAAGAAAUUAUACUAAAAAAUUAUGUCCUUGAUCAUUUUAUGUUCUCACAUUACUUUGAUUCUACUAUGAUUGUAUGAUGGUGAACGAAGAUCAUUACAAACAAAAGCUGUAAUUUUGUUAUAUUUGAUUCAGUGGAAUUUCUUUACUUAAAAAAUAAAGACUAAAAAUGUG